AUGGUGCAUCCACAACCACAACUCCUCACCAGGAGCGACCUACGAAGAAUCAACGACUGUCUGGCGGAGAACACCGCACUAGCCGACUGCUGGAAGAACGACAAAAUCGUCAUAGUAGCAUGCGAGCCAACAGGCGCACACCUCCACGAAACCUCCCUCCUAUCCCUCGACAUCCUAUCACCAACCUCGAACCCAAUUUGGGGCUCAGAGCCCAGCGAAAAGCACCCGACGCGGCAGCUCUGCCACAGGCACAUAGUCGCCCUCGACGUCCCCAAGGAGACCAAGGGCCUGCCCUGGCACGGGCCCUACAACUGCCGCCAGCAGUUCCGCGACCGCCGCGACGGGGCCAACGCCAGGGCGCAGGGCGUGUUCGCCGAGCUGCGCGGGCAGUACGCGUCCGUCUGCCUCGUGAGCCACGACCUGCGCGACUCGCUCUGCGCGCUCGCGACGUUCGGCGUCGCGCUGCCCCCCGGCACCGUGCACGUCGACCUCGUCAAGGUCCUGGAGCACCAGAGCCAGCUGUCCGGCGGCGGCGGGCCGCCCGAGGGACUGGGGCGGUACGUCGCCGGCGAGAACGUCGUCGUCCGCAAGGGGCGGUACUCUCGCCGGCCGUGGCCCCUGGUGGGCUGGUGGGGGACCCCCAACUUCAACCUCCCCCUGCUGGAGGUGCUCGGGCCGGCUGCUGAGGCGCACCGGAGGGACAAGACUGAGAAGAGGGAUACCGCUAUGAAGAGGAUUGUGCGGAGGAUGGCGGUGGGUGAUAUUCCGGUUAGGAAAAAGGGCUGGUCUUGAUGCAUAGAUUGUAUAAGCCAAUGAAUACCCUUGUAAUGGUCCGGGGGCAUGAUGAUUUUGCGGGCUCCUGUAGGCUGCUUCAUGGCUGGAAGAACUCGGCUGCACUGGAUGAGGAGCAUAAUAUUUU